UGCAGCACUCCUCGUCCCUACGAGCAACAAUGCACGGGCCACCUGAGGUUGCCUUUUACCUCGGAGGAUGACAAAGAACCCAUGUGAUGAGGACAUGCAUGUAGGACGUCAACUUUGCAGAGAAGAGUGGCGGCGGAUCUCAUGGGACAGAAAAGUUGGACACAAAUAUCCACUUUAGGGAUGAACGCCUCUCCGGGGAUGGCACCUCCGUCACCUGGGAUGAGUAGCAGCCCGUCACCAAGAAUGAGCACCUUCCAGUCUGGGGGUUCUCCCAAGCUACCCCCCAACCCUCCAAAUUCACCAGUCAUGUCCAUCAUGAGCUCCCCCAGACUGUGGCAGAAGACCUCGAUCUCCAGACUGGCUGAGGAGUUUUUCUGGAUUGGUGGGAGUGUGGUUGCUCAACCCAAAUGGAGACUGGGACAAUUUGUGGAGAGGUGCAUGUGCACGAUGCAAACCGGGACACAGAUGACCAAAAUGAAAGGAAAGAAGAAAGGACAUGCCCGCUUCUACUACUUGGAUGAGCACCGCUCAUGCAUCCGCUGGCGUCCCUCCAGGAAACAAAACAAAGCCAAAAUUACAAUCGACUCCAUCCACGAAAUCCGCGAGGGGAAAAAGUCAGAGGUUUUCCGCAGGUACGCCGACAACCGCUUUGACCCAAAUUGCUGCUUCAGUAUUUAUUACGGCGAGCGCGUCAAGUCCCUGGACUUGGUUAGCUCCAAUGGCGAGGAGGCCCGUACCUGGAUUACCGGACUCAAAUACCUCAUGGCCGGCAUCAGAGACGAAGACAGCUUUGCACGGAGGCAGCGCACCCGUGAUCAGUGGCUUCAGCAGACUUUCUCGGAAGCAGACAAAAACGGAGACGGCACUCUGAGCAUCGGAGAAGUCCACCAGCUGCUUCACAGGCUCAACGUGAAUCUACCCAAGCAGAAAGUCCGUGAGAUGUUUCAGGAGGCAGACACAGACGAGAACCAAGGCUCUUUGGGAUUUGAGGAGUUCUGCUCCUUCUACAAGAUGAUCUCCACACGGCGAGAUCUCUACCUCAUUAUGAUUUCUUACAGCAACCAAAAAGAAGUCAUGGACUUGCACGACCUUGCCCGCUUCCUGGAGAACGAGCAGAAGAUGCGAGGUCUUGCCAGGGAGCACCUGACGGAAAUUGUGACCAAGUUUGAGCCAUGCCCUAACAACCUCCAACGCCUGGUUCUUGGAAUUGACGGUUUCACCAACUACAUGCGAAGUCCCGGCGGCGACAUCUUCAAUCCGGAGCACAACCAAGUGAAUCAGGACAUGACGCAGCCGUUGUGCAACUACUUCAUUGCCACGUCGCACAACACCUACCUAACUGGAGACCAGCUGCUCUCUCAAUCCAGCGUGGAGAUGUACGCUUAUGUUCUUCAGGCCGGCUGUCGUUGCGUGGAAGUGGACUGCUGGGACGGACCUGAUGGCGAGCCCAUUAUUCACCACGGCUACACUUUGACAUCCAAAAUCCUUUUCAAAGAUGUCAUCGAAACCAUCAACAAAUACGCCUUCACCAAAUCACAGUACCCGGUGAUUUUAUCCAUCGAGAACCACUGCACUGUGCCUCAGCAGAAAAAAAUGGCAGAAUAUCUGAUAGAGGUGCUUCAGGAGAAGCUGGACCUGUCCAAUGUCAACACGCAUGAAUGCAAAAAGUUGCCCUCUCCUGAAAUCCUCAAGGGAAAAAUAUUAGUCAAGGGAAAGAAGCUGCCAGCAAACCUGGAUCCGAAUUCAGAAGAAGGCGAUGUGUCGGAUGAAGACACCGGAGAUGAAGAAGAAGAGGAGGACGAUGUGGAGGAAGAUCCCCAGGAGGAAAACAGCGGCCUAGCUGAUCAGCAGCCCAAGAAGAAGAAGCGCUUCGGCAGAUCCAUCAUGAGGAGCUUUAAACGCAAGAGGAAAAAGAGAAUGCGCAUGAGGAGUAAGGUCAGAUCUGAUGGAGAGUCAGACUACAGCAGCACCAGCAGGGACAGGACACAAAUUGUUUAUCACCCUAAGAAGAGGAAGACAAUGAGGCUGUCCCGUGCGCUAUCCGACCUUGUCAAGUACACGAAAUCAGUCCGAGUGCACGACAUAGAAACGCAAGCCUUUACAAACAGCUGGCAAGUGUCCUCGCUCAACGAAACGGUCAUGAACCAGAUCGUGCUGCUGAAACCAGGUCAUCUGGUGCGCUUCAACCAGCGUCAACUACUGAGGGUCUACCCUUCCAACUAUCGGGUGGAUUCCAGUAACUUCAACCCGCAACCCUACUGGAACGCAGGAUGUCACAUGGUUGCUAUGAACUAUCAAACAGAGGGUCGCAUGCUUGAACUGAACCAAGCCAAGUUCUCAAGCAACGCAAACUGCGGGUACAUUCUGAAGCCUAAAAUCAUGCGGAAAGGUGCCUUUAAUCCCAAUGUGGAGGAUCCACUACCUGGACAAAAGAAGAUUCAGUUAAUACUGAAGAUUAUUAGCGGACAGCAGCUUCCCAAACCCAAAGACUCCAUGUUUGGGGACAGAGGAGAGAUCAUUGAUCCUUUUGUGGAGGUUGAGAUCAUCGGACUACCCGUUGACUGUUCAAAGCAGCAGACUAGGGUGGUGAAUGAUAACGGUUUCAACCCGAUGUGGGAGGAGACUCUUGUCUUCCACGUUCUAAUGCCCCAGAUUGCUUUGGUGCGCUUCCAAGUCUGGGAUCAUGAUCCAAUUGGAAGAGAUUUCAUUGGCCAGAGGACAAUAGCCUUCACCAGCAUAAUGCCAGGGUAUCGACAUGUGUACUUGGAAGGGAUGGCGGAGUCUUCCAUCUUUGUUCACGUUGCUAUCAUUGAUGGCAAGGUAAGGCCAGCAAAUGCUGUGCAAGUAGCCAGAAAGCAAAUCCAAAAAGCCGCCCAGAAGCACAUGAAGGGACCCAAUAAGCAGGCAUCCGUCGAGUCGUCCGUGCAGUCCUCGGAAGACUGGCCCCCUCUGUACCUCCGUAAGGAUGUCGACUCCUUCUCCCAAGACAGCAGGAAUGGAGAAAUGUCCUCGCUGGUGCAAGGGCCCGCUACCAGGGCUGCCAUGCACAAAGGGAUCAUGAGUGAACCAGUCAGACGUGCCCACCGUGUGAAAAUUCAUGAUCCAAGAAGAGGGAUCUUCAGCAAGAUGUCCUCCACGGAGUCAAACCCGGUGCCCACGUUGAUGCCUCAAUACAGCUUUGACCUGGACAGCCCAGAUAACAGUGAGCAUCAGUCUUUGUCUGAAGUUGCUGAGCUACAGACACUUCCCACAAUUGGACCAGAGGAGCCUGAGCUUCCUGUGCUGGUCCAAGCAGAAGCACAGACUAACCCGAAACCAUCGGAGGAACCGCCCUCAAUAACGCAAGAUCCGUUGAAUUCUGAAGCCAAACUUGUAUCUCUAAUCCCCCCGCCAUCCCCAGCUCGAGUCAGAAGGACUUUGGAGGCCCUGGCCACCCCCAGACCCUCCAUCCCAAUACGAACAAAAGUCCGCUCAUACAGCUGCCCCCGAAAACCCAACACCUCCCCCGUCACACCCAUGGUGAACCGCAAACCCGCUUCCCAAUGGCAGACUUGGCGAGUCCAGAGCACCUGCAAGGACAUGGGCCGACAGGUGAGGACCGUACCAAACGGUCUGUGCUUGUCUGACAGCUCAUCCAGCAGCGGGGGCAGCUCGGACAGCCUGGACUUCACUGUUGCCCCUGUUGCGGUGGGUUCGGAGGAGUGCAUCGGCACCCUGCAGAGAGAGAUGAAGGCGCUUUUUGACGAAAAGAUGCGAGCGAUCCGAUGUAAAUCACCGCUUGUGUUUGAUAGUCAGGAUUUGUGAAAACAGUUAGGACUAGAAGGGCUUUGUCACAACAGGUAGUAGACGUGUUGAUGUGUGCCUUGAAGGGGGUGUGGCCUAGUGAGUGAUGUCAUCGAAUGCUCACAACACAUUUUCAUUUUUGUACCAAUAACAUCCUUUUUCUAAGCGUGUAAGAAAGAAAAAACAACAAAAAUAUGAGACAGACAAUUUAUUUUACUUUACCUUCAAAU